AUGCUUCGUCGCAAUCCCACGCGAAUUGAGCUGAAACCGGAGGAUCGGGAGGAGUAUUUUGAAGCCAGACGACUCGCAGCCGCCGCCGCCGCUGCCGCUGCAGCUAGUGCUCCCGGAACCAGCGGUGCGGGAGGAGGUGCACCUUCGGCGAACCUUCUUGCAGCAGCGCGGUUGGAGUCAGCGUUUCAGGGGAACCGAGCAUCUGGGAGGGAGGAGUGGGUUGCUGCAGGUGGUGGCGCGGAGGUGCAAGGGGCCCAGCUCUUUGAUGUGGAGCGGUGUUGGGGUGAGUGGGUGUUUGGGGUGGGUCCUGAGUUGAGUCCCUCUUCUCGUCAGGGAGGGAGGAGCGGGUUGCUGCAGGUGGUGGCGCGGAGGAGCAAGGGGCCCAGCUGGAGGGAGGAGUGGGCUGCUGCAGGUGGUGGCGCGGAGGAGCAAGGGGCCCAGCUGUUUGAUGUGGAGCGGUGUUGGGACCACCAGGUGCCAUGUAAGCCGCACGGUCUUCCCAGUGCGCCGCCUGCUGCCCCUGCGCUCUGCUCUGCUCUCUCGCCGAUCGACCUCUCGCCCCUCUCCACCCCUCUCCACCCUUUCAGACCACCCGGUGCCAUGUGCCAUGUGAGCCGCACGGUCUUCCCAGUGCGCCGCCUGCUGCCCCUGCGCUCUGCUCCGGGCGACAACCCAGGCUUCACAGCAAGGGAUGCUGCUCCUGUAAUCUUCAACGAGGUGGAAUACUCCCCGGACGGACUCGCUGUGGUCAAGGCCGACCCCCUGCUGGCGUCCCACGAGCCCCACCUGCGCUACCGCUACGCCCAGUUCCUCAAGCUCAAGAGGGCGCUGGAGCAGCACGAAGGAGGGCUGGAGCAGUUCUCCCGAGGGUAUGAGACGAUGGGCUUCACGCGUGAAAAGGACGCCAUAGUCUACCGCGAAUGGGCUCCUGCUGCCACGGCCGCCCAGCUAGUGGGAGACUUCAACGGGUGGAACGGCGAGUCCUGCUGGAUGGAGCGCAACCACUUCGGCGUGUGGUCCGUGCGGUUACCAGACAGAGACGGCCGCCCGGCGAUCGCGCACGGAUCGCGGGUGAAGAUCCGGCUGCAGAAGGGGGACGGCGGGUGGGUGGAGCGAAUCCCGGCUUGGAUCAAAUGGGCGACGGCCGAGCCGGGGAAGAUGGGGGCGUGCUACGAUGGCAUCUACUGGGACCCUCCGGCUAAGGAAAAGUACCAGUUCAAGUGCCCGCGCCCCCCCAAGCCUGACGCCCCGCGAAUUUAUGAGGCCCACGUGGGGAUGAGUUCGGAGGAGCCUCGAGUGGCCUCCUACGUGCAUUUCGCCAACUCUGUACUGCCACGCAUCAAGGCCGCCGGCUACAACACCAUCCAGCUCAUGGCCGUCGCCGAGCACUCCUACUACGCCUCCUUCGGUUACCACGUUACCAACUUCUUCGCCGUCAGCUCCCGAUCCGGCACCCCGGAAGAUCUCAAGUACCUGGUGGACACGGCGCAUUCCCUCGGGAUUCGCGUGCUCAUGGAUUUGAUUCACUCCCAUGCGAGCAAUAACGUUUCCGACGGGCUCAACGGGUUUGAUUUCGGGCAAUCGGCGGCCGAUUCGUAUUUCCACACGGGCGAGCGGGGGUAUCACAAGCUGUGGGACAGCCGGUGCUUUAAUUACUCCAACUGGGAGGUGCUGCGGUUUCUGCUCUCCAACCUCCGGUAUUGGCUUGAGGAGUUUCAGUUCGACGGGUUUCGCUUUGACGGGGUGACGUCCAUGCUGUAUCACCACCGGGGGAUCGGAAUGUCGUUUUCUGGAGAGUAUCACGAGUAUUUCUCGACGUCUACGGAUGUGGAUGCGGUGGUGUAUCUCAUGCUGGCGAAUGAUUUGAUUCACGGGGUGCGGCCGGAUGCGACGACGAUCGCGGAGGAUGUCUCGGGGAUGCCGACGCUGGGCCUGCCGGUGCCGAUUGGAGGGGUGGGGUUUGAUUACCGGCUUGCCAUGGCGAUUCCUGACCGUUGGAUCGAGUAUUUGAAGGAUCGGAGGGACGAGGAGUGGAGCAUGCGGGAGAUUGUUCACACGCUGACGAACCGGAGAUAUACGGAGAAAUGCGUUGCGUAUGCGGAGAGCCAUGACCAGUCCAUGGUGGGGGACAAGUCCUUCGCAUUCCUGCUCAUGGAUUCGGACAUGUACUUCCACAUGUCCGUGCUUGAGAAGCCCACCCCUGCUGUCGAGAGAGGCGUUGCUUUGCACAAGAUGAUCCAUUUCAUCACCAUGGCGCUGGGAGGCGAUGGGUACCUCAACUUCAUGGGCAAUGAGUUUGGGCAUCCCGAGUGGCUUGACUUCCCCAGGGAGGGCAACAACUGGAGCUACGACCGCUGCCGGCGGAUGUGGCACCUCCGAGACGACAAGCUGCUGCGCUACCAGCACAUGAAUCGGUUUGACCAGGCAAUGAACGCUCUGGAUGAGAAGUAUCACUUCCUAGCUGCGGACCAUCAGAUCGUGUCCAGUGCAGACGAGAAGGACCGGGUGAUUGUGUUUGAGAGGGGCGAUCUCCUAUUCGUCUUCAACUUCCAUCCCACCAAAACCUACGAGGGCUACAAGGUGGGGUGCAAGGAGCCUGGCAAGUGGCGAGUGGUUCUGGACAGUGACGCCAUUGAAUUCGGGGGCCAGGGGCGGGUAGGCCAUGACGUGGACCACUUCACAUCACCCGAAGGCAUUCCAGGCCGCCCGGAAACAAACUUCAACAACCGCUGCUGCUCCCUCCUAGUUCUCUCACCAUCUAGAACCUGCCAGGCGCUAGAUGUGGUAGAGGCGGAGGUUCGGGGCCUUGCAGAGUGCUGCGACAGAAUCGGCGCAGCACUGACCACGUGUGCGUCAACAACAGGCGACAUGGUGCUGGCAACAGAGAGGCUCAAGCUGGAGCUGGUUACCACCGUGCGCCGCCAGCAGCUCGUCGCCGCCUUCCUUAGAAGCUACCAGCUCUCGCCACAGGAGGUGCAAGCACUGCGGGAGGAUGAGAUCAGUGAGAAGUUCUUUGAGGCGCUCAACCGAGUGCAUGAGAUCCAUGCCAAUUGCAAACUGCUGCUGCGCACUCACCACCAGAGGGCGGGACUAGAGCUGAUGGAUCUGAUGGCAGUGUACCAGGAGGGGGCGUAUGAGCGACUCUGCAGGUGGGUGCAGGCGGAGUGUCGCAGCCUGGGGGACAGCGACGGGGACACACCUGAAGUGGGCCCUCUGCUGCGCACUGCAGCGCAUUGCCUUAAGGACCGACCCGUGCUCUUCCGCUAUUGCACUGAGGAGGUGGCCAACACGCGGCACAAUGCACUAUUUCGCCGCUUCAUCGCUGCUCUUACACGUGGUGGGCCGGGCGGCAUGCCUCGUCCCAUUGAGGUGCAUGCGCACGACCCGCUGCGAUACGUCGGCGACAUGCUGGCAUGGCUGCACCAGGCCCUAGCCUCAGAGAAAGAGUUGGCCGCAGCUUUAUUCGCCAGCACAGAUAAACCCCCAUCCACGUCAGCAGACUCAGGAGAAGGGGGGGCAAGGGCAGGGGGGGUGGAUGCUGACGUGGCAGCGGUGCUGGACCGCGUGUUUGAGGGCGUGUGCCGGCCGUUCAAAGUGCGUGUGGAGCAGGUGCUGACGGGGCAGCCGGGGCUUGUGCUGUGCUACAAGCUCUCCAGCCUGCUCUCCUUCUACUGCCACACUGUAGCCGAGCUGCUGGGCGAGCAAGCAGCGCUGUGUGUGGUUCUGAGGGACCUGAGCGAGGCAGCAGGGAGGGCGUUUCUCGAUGCAGUCAAGCUCAGGGGCGAUCGAGUGCUGCGCUUCCCUCCGGCAGUGCCCUCCGACCUCUCCCCCCCGCCUCUGGUGGGCGAGGGAGUGGCGGUGGUGUUGGAGCUACUGCAGGCGCAUGCCAGAGUGAUGGUCCCGGCUGGGGCUGCCAAACCGGAUUUCUUACCCGUCGCUGCUGCGCUUCUCGACCCACUCGUGGAGGUGUGCACGCGGGCAGCACAGGCGCUCACAGCAAAGGCCGUGACUGCUCUCUCCUCGGGCUCCUCCUCUCUCCCUCGCCGCGCCUCUGCUUCCGCAUCCAUGUCCGCAGCAGCAGGAGGGGAGAGUGGACCGCUGGGGAGAAGGGGGUCUGUGCCUGUGGGCAGGAGAUCUACUGAAGGGCAGGACGAUGGGGCUGAGAACACGGCGGUGGCCGUCGCGAGGCACAUUUUCCUCGCCAACUGCCUGGCAGCCCUACACGCACCCCUCGCCUCCUUCCCAGUACUCACACCCUACUCCCAGGGGCUGGCAGGGGCGCUCUCAGAGCACGUCACAGCCAUGGUGCAGCUCGAAGUGGCGGCCAUUCUCGACCACUGCAUGCUCUCCCCCAUCCUCCGCCUCAUCGCUCAGAUCAACCAGGCCUCCCAGCAACAACAGCAGCAGCAGCAGCAGCAGCAGGAGGGGACAGAGGAAAACGCAGGGGUAUCAGCAGCGGCAGCAUCGCAGCAGCAACAGUACCCGCCCCUGGCCCAGUUCCCAGAGGCGUCUCCCUCUGCUGUGGCGGAGUCACUGCAGCGGCUCUUUGCGCUGCUGGCAGGGGCGGAGGGGCGGCUGCCGGAGUUUGAGGCGCUGGGAGUGGCGAAGCUGAGGGCGCAGGCUGCAGGGCUGGUGGCGGGGGCGCUGGCAGACGCGUAUGCAGCGGUGUAUGAAGCGGUGUGUGAUGGAAGGAACCAGUAUCCUGAUGCUGGGGGGCGUGUUGGGCUCGGGGGUGUGUGUUUAGGGCUGCCCGAGUUUGAGGCGCUGGGGGGGGGCGAAGUUGAGGGCUCAGGCCGCGGGCUGGUGGCGGGAGUGCUGGAAGAUGCGGAGCAGCCGUUCCCAGUGCUAGCUGUUCUGGGCAAGGCGUGGGGUCGCACUUUCCCCAACUGCUCGCCAGGCACCGGAUUGACGUGUGAUGGCAAGGGCAUGGUUAUUCAGAUGUCGCUCAACAACACUCAGCUAGCGGGGUCCAUUCCAUCUGUAAUCGGCAAUCUCUCACUCCUGGCUCACCUCAACCUAGGAGCCAAUCAGCUAACAGGAGUCAUUCCAGAGUCUAUCGGAAAUCUCACCAACCUCUCCUACCUAGGGCUCUAUAACAACCAGCUAACCGGUUCGAUUCCGCGAUCCCUUGCGGCUCUCGCCAAGCUGCAAACGCUAACACUUUCUGACAACCGUCUCAACGGCACCCUUCCUAAUGCCCUCGGCAAGCUCACUGCACUCCUCAGACUCAAUCUGGACAACAACUUGCUGGCAGGCUCCCUCCCGUCAACACUCUCUGCCCUCUCCUCCGCCACUUACCUGAGCAUCUCUGACAACCUCAUCAACGGCACUCUCCCUGAUGGCAUAGGCGCCCUCUCUGCUCUCCAAAGCCUCGGUUUGGCCAACAACUCUCUCUCUGGGUCGCUCCCUGUGUCGCUCAGCAACCUCACCAACCUCGUCACCUUGGGUUUGACGAACAACAGCUUCUCUGGUCCCCUUCCCUCCUCCAUAUCGUCCCUUGGGAAGCUUGAAAAGCUCAAUUUGGGCUUUAAUCUCUUCACAGGCGCCCUACCCAUUAGCAUCAGGCGCAUGACUGCGCUAACCAGAAUCCGCCUGCACAACACAUCUCUCUCUGGCCCCCUCCCACCGCGCAUAGGGGAGCUCAGGAGACUCAAACAAGUGGACCUGAGCAACACGGGCAUCAGCGGUGUUCUUCCUGAAUCCAUGGGCCACCUGGACAAGCUCACAGAGCUCUACAUGCACGGGUGUCAGCUCAAUGGAUCUCUGCCCAUGCUUCUAGGGAACCUUACAGCUCUGCAAACACUCGAUCUAGGGAGCAAUCAUUUCUCAGGGGAAAUUCCCCUAUUUAUCAGCAGCCUCACACGCAUAGAGACUCUGGACCUCUCCGCCAAUCAGCUCACAGGAGUGAUCCCGGAUACUGUCAGCAGCAUGCAGCGACUGCAACAGCUUGAUCUCUCCUUCAACAGCCUCACAGGCUCUGUCCCUUCCACCACUACCUUGCUCACCAACCUCACCUCGCUUCAUCUAUCACACAACAACCUCUCAGGGACGAUACCGCCUUCCUUCUCCACCCUCACCGGUCUGCAGGCGCUGGAUUUGAGCUACAAUCCUCAGCUUAGUGGAUUCAUUCCCGCUUCCCUGGGACAGCUCAGCAACCUCACUUUGCUUGCAACCAACGCCACCAGCACCACCUGUCCCCUCCCGUCAACACCAUGCGAGGUGCCCCAGUCACCCACCUCGGCCUUCUGCCUGGCCUGCCCCGACUUCUGCUCCUCCUGCACCGACCCCUGCACCAGCUACCCGUCCAAUCCAUGCGGUCCCGGAGACUGCAUCCCCUCCUCCUCUCCUCCCACUCCCGCUUCUGCUUCCACCAACAAGGCCCCUCGACCAGCCGCCACCACAGCGCCUAACAGCUCCUACACCUGCCGCUGCUCUGCGGGUGCUGCUGCUGCAGUGGGAGCCAAUGGGCUGCCGACAUGUGUGACUUCCCCCCCACCACCGCCUCAGGAGUCAUCCAGUGCAGUUGCCAUGCCGACAGGAGCCAUCAUCGGCAUCGCAGUCGCAUCCUUCGCUGUGCUUGUCUGCUGCUUCACUCUCAUCUUCCUCUGCUGGCGAUGGCGCCACACCAGCCAGAGCAGGGAGCUGGUCAACCAAG